AUGUCUUCUCUAUCCGUGUCCUCCCAGGAGGGAAGAAGCAUGUCCAGGAUGUCUAUGAGUCGUUCUCCAGUUUCUCCAAUGAAUUCCCAGGGCAUCCCAUCACCGGCCCAGCUGACUAAAGCCAACGCCCCGGUCCACAUCGACGUGGGAGGACACAUGUACACCAGCAGCCUGGGUACUCUCACCAAAUACCCAGAGUCUAGAAUCAGUCGUCUGUUUAAUGGAACAGAGCCCAUUGUACUGGACAGCUUGAAGCAGCACUACUUCAUCGACAGGGAUGGAGAUAUAUUCAGAUAUAUCCUCAGCUUCCUCAGGACCUGCAAACUACUGCUCCCAGAGGACUUCAAGGACUUCCCCCAGCUAUACGAGGAGGCUCGCUACUACCAACUGACACCCAUGGUCCGCGAGCUGGAGCGCUGGCAGACGGAGCAGGAGGGCCAGAAGAGACCGCCCUGCGAGUGCCUGGUGGUCAGAGUGACCCCUGACCUGGGGGAGAGGAUUGCCCUCAGCGGAGGGAAGGUGCUCAUCGAAGAGAUCUUCCCCGAGACUGGAGACGUCAUGUGUAACUCUGUGAAUGCCGGCUGGAACCACGACCCCACGCAUGUAAUCCGAUUCCCUCUCAACGGCUACUGCAGGCUCAACUCAGUUCAGGUUCUGGAGAGGCUGUUCCAGAAGGGCUUCAGCGUGACGGCGUCAUGUGGCGGCGGAGUUGACUCCUCCCAGUUCAGCGAGUACGUCCUGUGUCGCGAGCUCCGCAGGGGUCAGCCCACCGACACCACCAUCUACAUCAAACAAGAGCCUCUGGACUAG